GGCUGCGGGGCGGCGCCGGGACAGGAAGCGGAAAGCAGCAGUGCAGCGGCGGCGGCGGCGGGGCUCUGCCUCCACAGCAGCCCAGCGCAGGCCGCAGAGUCGGGCCGCCGGGAGCCGAGACUGCGGGCCGGAGAGCCCGGCUGACCGGUGGGGAGAAUUUGCUCCUGUUGAAGAGGGGCUGGCCUCUGACUCCCAGACUGUGCAAGGCGUGGGGAGUCUCGUCGGUGCCAUUCCCCACCUCUCAGAAGGACCAGUACCUGCUUCCUCAUCAAGAGCAAGUUCUGCAUUGCUAUGGAUACCGAAUCCACUUAUUCUGGAUAUUCUUACUAUUCCAGUCAUUCGAAAAAGUCUCACAGGCAGGGAGAGAGAACCAGAGACAGACACAAAUCACCCCGAAGUAAAGAUGGCAGAGGGUCAGAAAAAUCUGUCACCAUCCAAGCCCCCACUGGAGAGCCCCUGCUGGCAAAUGAUUCCACUCGCACGGAGGAAGUCCAGGAUGACAAUUGGGGAGAGACCACCACGGCCAUCACAGGCACUUCGGAGCAUAGCAUAUCCCAGGAGGACAUUGUCAGGAUCAGCAAGGACAUGGAGGACAGCGUGGGACUGGACUGCAAGCGCUACCUGGGCCUCACGGUGGCCUCAGUUCUUGGACUCCUAGUGUUCCUCACCCCCAUUGCCUUCAUCCUCUUACCCCCUAUCCUGUGGAGGAAUGAGCUGGAACCUUGCGGCACCAUUUGUGAGGGGCUCUUCAUCUCCGUGGCGUUCAAGCUCAUCAUUCUGCUCAUCGGGACCUGGGCACUUUUCUUCCGCAAACAGAGAGCCGACGUGCCGCGGGUGUUUGUGUUCCGUGCCCUCUUGCUGGUCCUCAUCUUCCUGUUCGUUGUCUCCUAUUGGCUGUUUUAUGGGGUCCGCAUCUUGGACCCUCGGGACCGGAACUACCAGGGCAUCGUGCAAUAUGCGGUCUCCCUCGUGGAUGCCCUCCUCUUCAUCCACUACCUGGCCAUCGUCCUGCUGGAGCUCCGGCAGCUGCAGCCCAUGUUCACCCUGCAGGUGGUGCGCUCCACCGAUGGCGAGUCCCGGUUCUACAGCCUGGGCCACCUGAGCAUCCAGCGAGCAGCUCUGGUGGUGCUAGAAAAUUACUACAAAGAUUUCACCAUCUAUAACCCCAACCUCCUGACCGCUUCCAAAUUCCGAGCAGCCAAGCACAUGGCCGGGCUGAAAGUCUACAACGUGGAUGGCCCCAGCAACAAUGCCAGCGGGCAGUCACGGGCCAUGAUUGCCGCUGCUGCCCGGCGGCGAGACUCUAGCCACAACGAACUGUACUAUGAAGAGGCGGAGCAUGAGCGGCGGGUGAAGAAGCGGAGAGCGAGGCUGGUGGUCGCGGUGGAAGAGGCCUUCAUCCACAUCCAGCGUCUACAGGCCGAGGAGCAGCAAAAAGCCCCAGGCGAGGUGAUGGACCCCAGGGAGGCUGCACAGGCCAUCUUUCCCUCCAUGGCCAGGGCUCUGCAGAAGUACCUGCGCACCACGCGGCAGCAGCACUACCACAGCAUGGAGAGCAUUCUGCAGCACCUGGCCUUCUGCAUCGCCAACAGCAUGACCCCCAAGGCCUUCCUGGAGCGGUACCUCAGUGCUGGCCCCACCCUGCAAUACGACAAGGACCGCUGGCUCUCGACGCAGUGGCGACUGGUCAGUGAUGAGGCUGUGACCAACGGGUUACGGGAUGGGAUCGUAUUCGUCCUUAAGUGCUUGGACUUCAGCCUCGUUGUCAAUGUGAAGAAAAUCCCAUUCAUUGUGCUCUCUGAAGAGUUCGUGGACCCCAAAUCACAUAAAUUUGUCCUACGCUUACAGUCAGAGACAUCUGUUUGAGAGUUCUAUAUUUGUGGCUUUAUAAAAAGAAGAAAAAAUAUGGAGAGAU